CUGAGUUAUUUCCCCUCUAUCCUUGUAUCGUUCUUAUCUCCUCUUUCGUAUCAAUCUUCAUCUCCUUGCUUUUGUUAUUUACAAAAUCUACAGAAGAGGACUACGUGCAAGCACCACAAGUCCAACGAGGUAAUGAUCCAAAACUUUCAAUGCCUACAUUCGCGGGUAGAAUUAAUCUGGAUGCCUAUCUCGAUUGGGAGAGGCGAAUGGACAAUAUUUUCGAAUGUUAUGAGUAUUCGGAUCAGAGAAAGGUUAGAUACGCAGCGGCACAACUCACCGACAACGCCUUAGCAUGGUGGGAUCGAGAAAUAGCCGAGAGGCGUAGAGCACAAUACGAACCUGUCACAACAUGGAGAGAGAUGAAGUUCAUGAUGCGUAAGAGGUAUGUACCUCCACAUUUUUAUCGUGACUUGCAACGCAAAUAUCGUAACUUGGUGCAGGGAACUAGAAUCGUUGAAGAAUACUAUGAGGAGUUCUAGCACCUACGAAACCGAUUGGAGUUAGAUGAAAGCGAAGAAGCGAUUAUGGCACAAUUUGUGGAUGGAUUGCAGGAGCGAGUUGCUCGCAAGGUAGAACGUUUAACUUACCAUGAUUUGCAGGAACUUAUCCAUAUCUCAAUCCAAAUCGAGCAGCAAAUUGCCAAGAAGCAAGUUCGUUUCAACCGAGCAAUAACAACUUCUUCAAACCAAUCGUAUACACGCGGUGAGAACAAGUCCGGGACUAUUCCAACAACCAAAUCAACCCAAUCCGAGGCAAAUAUUCGUGACAAAGGGAAAGGAAUAGCAACAUCUUCGGGAUCAGGUCCUAAAGAUACGGGAGAUUAUGAGUCCCUGGACGAAGAGGAGGUUGAUGAUGUUGAUGAGAACAUAGAGUAUCCGGACAGUGGAGAACUCUUGGUCACAAGGCGAGUUUUGAGCACAAUGACAAACCCGGAAGAAACCGCCCAAAGAGAGACAAUCUUCCACAGUUGAUGAGGACAUCGGACCUAGCAGCUUGGAGGAGGACGGGAGCAUAACGGAAGGAGCUCUUGAAGACGGGAG